AUGAGGUUUACCGCUAUUACUCUCUUGGCACUUGGUGCCUCAGCCAGCGCCUAUGUCGUCAAUGACAAGAAGGUCGAGACUGAUAAUGCCGUUGAGGCCCGGGUGGUGGGAAGCGGUCCAGUCCGUGCGGCUGCCCUCGUAGCUGCUAUGCAGGCCCGCGAGCCCGAGCCCGAGCCCUUUGUUGAGAUCGAAGCCCGCCACCACAAGGGCAAGGGCAAGGCCAAGGGCAAGAAGGCUACCGCCCGUUUCGUUAAGUCCGAUGAGGACGACGAGGUGACAAAGCGCGAACCCCAUCACAAGGGCAAGGGCCUUGGUGCCCUUGCUGCCCUUGCCAAGGGCAAGGGGAAGAAGGCCACCGCCCGUUCUGUCGAGGCCCGCCAGGAGUUUGACCAGGCUGCUGACGACGCACACUGGGCUGAUCUUCACACUCGUGACGCUGAAUUCAACGCCGAGUUCGACAUCGAGACUCGUGAGCCCCACCACAAGGGCAAGGGCCUUGGUGCCCUUGCUGCCCUUGCCAAGGGCAAGGGGAAGAAGGCCACCGCCCGUUCUGUCGAGGCCCGCCAGGAGUUUGACCAGGCUGCUGACGACGCACACUGGGCUGAUCUUCACACUCGUGACGCUGAAUUCGACGCCGAGUUCGACAUCGAGACUCGUGAGCCCCACCACAAGGGCAAGGGCCUUGGUGCCCUUGCUGCCCUUGGCAAGGGUAAGGGCAAGAAGGCCACCGCCCGCUCCGUCGAUUCUCGCUCCGUUGUUGACGCACGCUCUGUUGACGCCCGCUCCGUCCACGCCCGCUCCGUCCACGCCCGUUCUGUUGACGCACGUUCCAUCGACGCCCGCCAGGAGUUCGACCAGGCCGCCGACGACGCACACUGGGCUGACCUUCACACUCGCGACGCUGAAUUCGACGCCGAGUUCGACAUCGAGACUCGUGAGCCCCACCACAAGGGCAAGGGCCUUGGUGCCCUUGCUGCCCUUGGCAAGGGUAAGGGCAAGAAGACCAAGCGCGACGUCGAGGCCCGCCAGGAGUUCGACCAGGCUGCGGAUGACGCUCACUGGGCUGAUCUUCACACUCGCGACGCUGAAUUCGACGCUGAGUUCGACAUCGAGACUCGUGAGCCUCACCACAAGGGCAAGGGCCUUGGUGCCCUUGCUGCCCUUGGCAAGGGCAAGGGCAAGGCUAACAACUAA